UCCUGCUUCUGUUUAUGUCUUGUUUCAGGACAGAGGACUAACUUUCACUAAUACAACAUGGCGGUGAGCGCUGUUCACCUGGAGUCCGACGCCUUCCUGGUGUGUAUGAACCACGCACUGAGCACGGAGAAAGAGGAGGUGAUGGGGUUGUGUAUAGGACAGGUGGAGAACGCCAGAAUAGUCCACAUCCACUCUGUCAUCAUCCUCCGCCGCUCCGACAAGAGGAAGGACCGGGUGGAGAUCUCCCCGGAGCAGCUGUCAGCGGCUUCCACUGAGGCGGAGCGGCUGGCUGACAUGACCGGCAGCCCAAUGCGUGUCGUCGGCUGGUACCACUCUCACCCUCACAUCACCGUGUGGCCCUCCCAUGUAGACGUGCGAACCCAAGCCAUGUACCAGAUGUUGGACCAGUGCUUCGUCGGGCUUAUCUUCUCCUGCUUCAUCGAGGACAAGAACACGAGAACCGGGCGAGUGCUGUACACCUGCUUCCAGUCGGUGCAGGCUCAGAAGGGAUCCGAGUACGAGCGUGUGGAGAUCCCCAUCCACGUAGUGCCGAGGGAAGCCAUCGGUAAAGUGUGUCUGGAGUCUGCCGUAGAGCUGCCUAGGAUCUUGUGUCAAGAGGAGCAAGACACCUACCGUAAGAUCCACAGCUUGGCACAUCUGGACCCAGUCACCAAGAUUCACAACGGCUCCGUAUUCACUAAGAAUCUGUGCAGCCAGAUGUCUGCGGUGAGCGGGCCGCUGCUGCAGUGGUUGGAGGAUCGGCUGGAGCAGAAUCAGCAGAGCAUCGUGGAGCUGCAGCGGGAGAAGGAGAAGUUGCUGCAGGAGCUGGCUGCUCUGUGAGCCAGGAGGACAGUCUGGAGACUAUUAUCAGUUGCUUUAAACGACCCUCUGUUCUGCUUGUCUUAGCUUUCUCACUGGUUUCUUAUCUCCCAGACAGGUGUGUGGGUGUGUGGGUCGAACUUCAAUGUUUUGCUGGUACCAACAGAGAAGUGUGUGUAGUUUGGAGUAUGAGAAACUAAAACACCAAAAGUUGGUAUUAUAUGUUUGGUUAGAUUUGUUGUCCUUGUUACUUAUUCUUGACCACAUUUUCAUUAAAUUAUAUUGUUAUUCAAAAUCAUGACUACAUUAUUUAGUCAAAGUUGGAGCAGUGCUAUAGCUUCAACUGGUUAUUUUCAUUAUUGAAUAAUCUUCCAAUUAUAAUCUCAGUUCAUUGAAGUCCAGAGAAUGUCUUUGUCAAUUCACAGUUUAGUUAAACAUAAAAGCUGCAAAUCCUCACAUUUGAGAGGACUGAACCAGAGAAUUUGUGCUUGUUUUGCUUGGAAAAAUUUUGAUUAGUUUUAAUAAAUAACCUGUUUCUGAUUUUCAUGUAGUGUAGAAACUAUCAAGUACCAAAAACCUAUUUGGUCAUAUUUCUAGUUUUUCUUAUUAAUUCUUUGAGUUCCUGAUUUAAAUCAUUUCCCGGUUUGU